ACAUACCUACUAUUUGUAAACAACAUCCGAUGUCAGGGAAGGAGAGGUGGAGUGUACUAUUAUAGCCCUCGUCUGCCAGCUGCUGCAUGGCACAGACAGCGGUGUGUGGUGCAGGUGAAGGUGUGUGAGUGAGGCGAGGGAUAUACAAGGUGUGAGCACAGGAGAAGAGAUUGCCGCGCCUCCUUGUUGUUCGAGUUAAAGAUAAGGAAGCAUGGCAUCAGGAGGCAGCAGUGUAACUUACUUGCGCCUGCUAUCACAGUUACGGGACUAUGUUUCACGUGCCACACCAACAUCAUUCAUCUUCCAGAAGGAUCUACCAGACCUUGUGAAAAAAAUUAGUGAUUCUGUAUAUACAAGUAAAGAAACUAUUGAACCCCCAAAAGAAGAGAAGAAAGAAAAGCAAACUCCACAAAGCAUUGCUGUCUCCAAUACUGUUGAUGUUGGUGACGAAAAAAUUUCCGAUCUUCAGAAAGCAAUGAAAACUAUGAAUGCUUACAUUCCACUGUAUUUCUCUCAAGUCCGCCUAAACUUUUCCAAAAAUGAACAACAGAAACCCAUCGAGAAAAAUAUACCGAAGUGGAAGACAAGAAAGGCAACAAUUACAAAGCCAAGUAUUGAUGCUCGAACCCGCUACCUCACCAAAAUUCUUGGCAAACAGCUGACCGAAGGAGGUUGUGUGAAAAAACUACAAGACCUGUGCAGCCACUUAAAGCACCACCCUCAAGCUAAGGGUGUGGCUGUGAAGAGUGGUGGCAUCCGACAUAUUUUGAAAAUACUUGAGCAGACAAGCAGUGCCAAUGUAGAAUGUGAGGCCCGGGAGGCUCUUGCUUUGCUUGGCUACACUCAGCCUGUCAAAGCUCACGGAAUAAGGCUCUUGACAAUAGAUGGUGGAGGAGUUAGAGGUUUAGUUGCUUUGGAAGUGUUGAAAAAAUUGGAAGAAGAAGCUGGUCAACCAAUUCAUGAACUGUUUGAUUAUAUAUGUGGUGUUUCAACUGGAGCCAUUUUAACUGUGUUAGUAGGAGUUCACAGAAUGCCACUGGAUGAAUGUGAAAAACUUUACAAGAAUUUAAGUGCACAAAUUUUCACUCAAACUACUAUCAGAGGAGCCACAAGUUUAUUCAUGAAGAACUCCUACUAUGAUUCUGAUUGCUGGACACAAAUCCUGAAAGAGAACAUGGGAGAAACCAACAUUAUUGAAACAUCACGGAAAUCAAAUACUCCAAAAAUUUGUUUAGUUGCCACAAGAGCAAACACAAACAAAAUCCAGCCGUACCUCUUCCGCAACUACAAUCUUCCUUACCGAGUAACAAGCCAUUAUCAAGGUACUUCACUACCAUGCCUGUGGGAAGCAGUAAGAGCUUCAGCAGCUGCUCCUGGCUACUUCUCAGAAUUUACAAUCGGGGACAUGAUUCUAUUGGAUGGUGGUCUUCUUGUUAAUAAUCCCACUGCCAUUGCUCUACAUGAGACCAAGCAGUUAUGGCCUGAUGCAGAGCUGCAGUGUGUUCUGUCUGUGGGGACGGGGCGACAUGAGCCUAUUGCCACCACCAGUGAGGCAUCCAUUGGGUGGGCCACACGUAUCAGAACCAUUCUCAAUAGUGCCACUGAUACUGAAGGUGUACACACGACUAUGCAUGACCUCCUACCAGGCAGCAUGUAUUUUCGCUUCAACCCUUACCUCAGCGACGAGAUAGCAUUGGAUGAAAUAGACGAGGACCGGCUAGCAAUGAUGAUGGAAGACACAAGUCUUUAUUUACGUAAGAAUGAACUAAAGAUCCAAGAGGCAGUGCAAGCUUUGACUCAAGGAAAAUCUCCAUUAGACCGUGCAAAAGAUUGGUACCAGUACCAGCGACAAGUUUGGCCAUCAUUUUCAAGUUUUCAAGUGGUUUAAGACAUUUUACAAAGAUAUCAGCAUACAGGUAAUUUUCUGUAGAACAUCAAGAGAAAGUUAUUCUUGGAUCCUUUCUUAUGCAGCAUAUUCAUUUGUUACUUGCUCUUUAUGAAUCUGUGUUCCUAAGCAUUUAUUUUAUGUAUUUAUUAUAGAUAUUAUAUAAAAGAUUUUAUAUUUAUUAUGUAUUUGUAUAUUUAUAUAUUUUUAUCAGCAUUAUAGAUAUAUAGAUAAGAUAUAUCCAAUGAAAGUCCUAAUAUAUGAAAAUUAAAUGUUUUAUAGUGAAUCUUGACUAGAUUACGGGUUUUAUUUCAUUGGACUUUAUUCCACACUUGGUUUUCUUCUCCAUAUACCUACGUAUUAAUUAUGUUUGUUUGAUAGGCCUUCUUCCUAUUACUUCCUAUUACUAUCUUCUCAGUUUUCUCUAAAACAACCACAGCUUCAGUUUUACCUGUAUUGAUUUUCAGUUCCUUAUCCUGUCCACCAUUUCUUAAAGUUUCUUUUUUAAAUCAGAAUCAUGGCAUUGUAUGUGACCAUGUGACCACAUAUCUCAUGUUACUCACAUUUUUCCUUACACAUUAACCCACCAUCCAUGGGUGUAGAUCAUUUGCAUCCCAGACCACUUGAAGAGUCAAUCUGUAAUGAAACAAGUUGUUCACAGCAUCAUGGCAUAUUGAAAGCAUCAAGCAUGCAAACAAAUGACAGCCAAGAAUAGGUGAGGACAUGAUCAGUUCACAUUAUAGAAUGGGACAACAUUACAGGAGAGAGCAGUUAUUACCCCCACAUACAUUUCUGUGAUGUCCAUCAUGGACAUUAAACAACCAUAGAUAUUCUCAUCAUCCCUAACAUCAUAAUUCUGUCACAACCAAGAUAUUAAUGGAUAUUAAUGGAUGGUAAGAGAUGGAAAAAGUACUUCAACAAAAUAUGUAAUGUACCAUUUCUUUUCCAAUGUUUGAGUGAUACCAGUGUCAAGUGUUGCUAAGACUGGAGUAGGUGCUGAACAGCCUACCAAUAAACUAUCUAUUGGUAAUGUGUUAUUUGUAAGGAACAUGCUGCAGCUUCCCUUUCAUUCCCAAACUCUUCCACAAGUUUGGCUAGUUUCUGCAGCUGUACUGGUAUUUGAAAGUAUGCCAUAUAUAAGUAUAUUGACACAAGUAUGGCUAGUUUCUAUAGCUGUACCGGUAUUUUCACAUGAAAGUGUGGCAUGUAUGAAUAUAUCACCACAAGUUUGGGUAGUUUCUGUAGCUGUACUGGUAUGUGAAAGUGUGCCAUGUAUGAGUAUAUCAACAGUAGUUAUUGAUAUUGUAUAGUGCUACAGCCAGUGCAUGUUGUCUUGGUAAUGGGGUGAAGUCUAAGCAGUGUGUGCCAGUAAGUAAAAUUGCAUAUUUUCUUCAUUGAAUCUUAUUGUCUAUAAGGAAUUCUAACAUGAUUUUCUUUAAAGUACUGUAUUGUACUGUAUUGCUGUCGAAUAACUAUUGGAUAAAAUCCACCUAUAAUGUGUUCAAAGUAUCAUUUACUUUAAUCACAGCAUGCCUCUCUACCUAUUCUGACAUUGAUGUGCAAGUAAAUUUAUAUAACCAAACAACCUCCCUUUUGACUGUUUAUCUGGUGUCAAGUGUUUGUGAAUGGUGAUUACCUAAUUAAGGGAUUUCCACUGUAGAUCUGCUAUAGAUUUCUAAGUUAUCCUUGAACAGAUUCUCACCUUUUC